CAAGAAGGAAGGGUUUGGAUGUCACAUGGAGAAACCAAAGUGGUGCCCGGAACAGGUGCUCUGGCGUCCACAACCCCCACCAGGGUUUCCCCCAUCUUCCUGCUACUCACCUUGCAAUAGAGGAACCUGAUAGCUACCGCUCUGACCCUGGGGUCGGAGCUUCCACCAUGGGAUGGGCAGGGGAUACAGGCUGCACGCCGCGUCCGCCUAUACGACCUCGGCCUGUGUCCGAGCGCCGCGUGGUCACCGUGAUCUUCCUCGGCCUGCUACUCGACCUCCUGGCCUUCACGCUGUUGCUACCUCUGCUGCCAGGACUCCUGGAGAACCAUGGGCGCGAACAAGACCCCCUCUAUGGCUCCUGGCAGCGCGGGGUAGACUGGUUUGCCACAGUCAUCGGGAUGCCAGCCGAGAAAAGGUACAACAGUGUCCUGUUUGGAGGAUAUCGAUCCACAUAGCUAAAGCCAUCAGUGAAGAUGACCUCUGUCUCUCAGGUCUCAUUGGCUCAGCCUUCUCCCUCCUUCAGUUCUUCUCUGCACCACUCACCGGAGCUGCCUCUGAUUGCCUGGGGAGGCGCCCAGUAAUGUUGCUGUGCCUGGCCUCCACCCAUUGGCAGACAGGUAUGGCCAUUUCCUAUGCAGUAUGGGCUGCCUCUCGGAGCUUUAAAGCCUUCUUGGCCUCCCGGGUGAUAGGAGGCAUCAGCAAGGGGAAUGUUAGCCUCUCCACAGCCAUCGUCGCUGACCUGGGCUCACCUCCAACCCGCAGCCAAGGCAUGGCAGUCAUCGGAGUAGCCUUCUCCCUGGCCUUUACUGUGGGCCCCAUGCUCGGAGCAUUCUUGUCUGUAGAAAUGGUACCCUGGAUCAGCUUACUCUUUGCGGUCUCUGACAUGCUGUUCAUCUUCUGCUUCUUGCCAGAGACACUGCCCCAGGAGAAACGUGCUCCCUCUGUCACCCUGGGCUUCCAUGCUGCUGCCAACCUGCUCAGCCCCCUGGCCCUGCUUCAUUUUGCAGCUGUCACCCACCAUCAGGAUCCGCCUGCUGAGGACAGACUCAGAAGCCUACGUCGAUUGGGUCUUGUCUAUUUCCUCUACCUCUUCCUGUUCUCAGGCCUAGAAUACACACUCAGCUUCCUUGUACACCAGCGCUUCCAGUUCAGCAGUUGGUGGCCUAGGGGGCUGGGUGCUCACCCUCCACCUCCUAGCCUGCAGCAGGGCAAGAUGUUUUUCUUCAUCGGCCUCACCAUGGCCACCAUACAGGGCACCUACGCCCGACGGAUCAGCCCUGGCAAGGAAGUUGCAGCUGUGAAGCAGGCAAUGUUGCUCCUAGUGCCAGCCUUUCUCUUCAUUGGUUGGGGACACUCACUGCCCAUGUUGGGCUUGGGGCUGCUGCUCUAUUCCUUCGCCGCUGCUGUUGUGGUGCCCGGUCUGUCCACUUUGGUCUCCAGCUAUGGUUCUCCAGGUCAAAAAGGCACAAUCAUGGGCAUACUGCGGAGCCUCGGUGCCCUAGGUAGGGCAUUGGGACCCAUGGUGGCUGCCUCAGUGUACUGGCUGGCUGGAGCCCGGGUCUGCUUCACUGUGUGCGCUGGACUCUUUUUACUCCCCUUCUUUCUCCUGCGGAACCUGAGGCAUCCAGCACAGACUUUCAAGGAGGAGUAGCUGAGCUACCACACUCUGGAUGCCAAGUGGAAACCUGGGCCAGAACCAUCCUAGCCCACUCCUUCCUCCAGGUCCAGGAAGGCUUGCCAUACCCCCACACUCCCCUGUAUGGCAUCCCAGCAGGAAGCCUGGGCAGCUAUACCCUUUUUUCUUACUCCAAAGCCUUUUAGGCUUCUGAUUGUUUAUAUCUGUCAUCCUUCUGAAUCACCAAUAAAGCAGCUAUUUUGUACCAAGUA